AUGUUCAGAAGACUUUUUCAAACUUAGAAAUAUGCUAAUAAGUUUUAUUAUAAAAUAUACUAGGGAUUCAGUAAUGUAUUGUUUUAGCGCUUUUAAUUGAUAGGUGUCAGUAAAAAUUUCAUUGAGUAAGCUGAGAAAAGCAAACAAGUUUCGAAUCAUCUAGAAGAUUUGCAUCAGAAAUAUAAAGAAUCCAUUUAUGCAAACAAAAAGAAAGCCAACUUAAUUAUUAGUUUAUCAAGCAAAUUGACACCUACUCUAGAAUCAUAUAAGUAUGAAUUGGCUUAAUAUAUAAUUAACGAAUAAAUUAACUCAAAUGCUGAUUUAGACAAGGCUUUAGCAUAUGUUAAAGAUUAUGCUAAAAAGAAUAAUCAAUUAGAUUGGAAAUAAUUCGAGUAGACAUUAGGACUAGGGAUAUAGAUAGACGAAUCAUAAGUUAUUUCAGAUAUAGUAACAGAGCUUAACUCUAUACCUAACUUAAACAAGGAAUUACUGUGCUCUGAUAAGAAAUAUUCCUCUUAGAAUUUAAGAGUAGUAAGAGAUAAGCUUAAAUAGCAUGAAAGCAAAUUAAUAUUUUAAUGUUUUGACAAAGCAGUUUAGUAGUUUAUUGAAAAUUAAGAGAAAAACACUAAUUAAUAAGGGGCGUAAGACAAAGAUGGAGUAAUUCAUUCAAGCUAAGGAAAUAGUAUCUUUAUUAAGGAAGACCUUUAAACUCAUAUUUGGGAUAAAAUAGCUUCUUUAAAAGGUCGUGACUUAUGCUAUGAAAAUAACAGUAAGUAGGCUUAUGAAAAACACUUAAAAGAAAGAAAUGGAUAUUAAUAUAUUUUCAGAUUUCCACCUGAGCCUAAUGGAUAUCUUCAUUUGGGGCAUGCAAAAGCAUUAAGAACAAAUUUCUAUUCUGCUGAAAAGUUAGGAGGAGUUUGCUAUUUGAGAUAUGAUGACACAAACCCAGAAAAGGAAAAAUUAGACUAUAUUGAAAGCAUAAAAGAUAAUGUUUUAUGGUUUGGAUUCAAACCUUAUAACAUAACAUACUCUUCAGACUAUUUCUAAGAAAUAUAUGAGUGCGCUAUCAAGCUCAUUAAUAAAGGAUUAGCCUAUGUUUGUGAGUUGUCAUAAGAGCAGAUGGCAGAAUUGAGAUAAAAUAAAUAGGCCUCUCCUUACAGAAAUAGGAGUAUAGAAGAUAAUUUGAGAAUGUUUGAAGACAUGAAAUAAGGGAAAUAUAAAGAAAAUGAAGUCUGUUUGAGAAUGAAAAUUGAUUAUUAACAUCCUAACCCAACUAUGAGAGACCCUGUUAUGUAUAGAGUUAAAUAUCAUCCCCAUCCUAAGACUGGUAAAAAAUGGUGCAUUUAUCCAAUGUAUGAUUUUACUCACUGCCUAUGUGAUUCAUUUGAAAAUAUUACUCAUUCUCUUUGUACUCUUGAAUUUGAGAUUAGAAGAGAUCUUUAUUAUUGGAUUCUAGAUUCACUUGAUUUGUAUAAGCCUGUUGUCUGGGAGUAUUCUCGUCUGAAUGUCUCAAAUAGUGUUUUAAGUAAGAGAAAACUUUUGACCUUGAUUAACAAUAAAGUAGUAGAUGGAUGGGAUGAUCCUCGUCUGUUGACAAUCAAUGCUCUUCGUAGAAGAGGUGUCAGACCAGAAGCAAUUAGUGCAUUUGUAGAUUUAGUAAAUGUAGCUAGAAGAGGUAAUGAAAAUAUUAUCGAUCAGAAGCUUUUAGAUUAUUGUAUUCGCUAGGAUUUAGAAAAUAUUUCCCCCAGAACUAUGUCCAUAUUAGAACCUAUCAAAUUACAAAUAAUUAACUUUGAUGAUUUUAAUGUAAAACAAGUUAAAGUUCCUCUCUUCCCUAAAGAACCUAAUAGAGGAUUUAGAGAAUUAAACAUUUCAUCCGAGUUGCUGGUAGAUGCUUCUGAUGUCAGAGAAAGUGAACCAAAUAAAAAAUAAGAAGAUCACUAAAAUUUAUAAAAAAAGAGCACUAAAAAGGUGGAUAAAAAUACAUUCAUAGGAAUCUAUCCUGGUUCUUAGAUAGCACUUAAAUACUUUGGAGUUAUUGAGAUCAUAAGUGUAAAUAUGCAAGAAAAAGUAGUUAAAAGCAGAUUGAUAUCUACUGAAGAAAAAGAAAGAAGAGAGGCUAUAGGGUAAAUACAUUGGAUUAAUCCCCAGGAAGCAGUUUAAUGUUAAGUAAAAGUAUAUAAUGAUCUAUUCACUGUGGCAGAUCCUAAUCAGUUCGAUAAUAUUCUAGAUGCAGUAAACCCUAACAGCUUAGAAGAGUACAAUAAUGCUUAUAUUAACAAGGACUUAAUUAACUUGUCAAAAGAAUAUAAAACAUUCUAAUUUGAGAGAGUGGGUUAUUUCACACUUGACCAAACUUCAGAUAUUUAAGAAAAUAAAAUACGCUUUAACAGGACAGUGAGCUUAAAAGAUAGAGUCAAUAGAUCUAAUUUAUGA